GCCGCCCGUGCGUCCGCCGCGCAGCCUCGCAGUGUCUGCCCUCGCGUCCCGGCGCCAGCGCGGUCCGAAAAGUUACCCUGACCUGUGUCUGCAGAGCGCGGGUGGCAGCGCUGCCUGCUUCGGAGGCCCUUGUGCCCCGGCUCGGAGGGAGCGACGCCAGGGCGGUGCGGCGGUUCCCUGUGGACUAUGGAAUGAGGAAAGAGGAACUAGGAGCCUUUCCUUUAAACCGACGUUUGAUUUCUUCACAGAGUUACCGUGGCCUUCGGAUCUAGUAUGACAGACACACAGCGUCGGCCAAAAUAAUGGCGGCCGCUUACCUUGACCCAAACUUGAACCACACACCGCAUUCGAGUACCAAGACUCACCUGGGCGCCGGCGCGGAGCGGUCCCCCGGGGCAAUGGAGCGGGUGCUGAAAGUCUUUCAUUACUUUGAAAACAGCAGUGAACCAGCUACUUGGGCCAGUAUCAUCAGGCACGGGGAUGCGACGGACGUCCGGGGCAUCAUUCAGAAGAUAGUGGACAGUCACAAAGUAAAGCACGUGGCCUGCUAUGGAUUUCGCCUCAGUCACCUGCGGUCAGAGGAGGUUCACUGGCUCCAUUUGGAUAUGGGUGUCUCCAAUGUGAGGGAGAAGUAUGAACUUGCACACCCACCAGAGGAGUGGAAAUAUGAAUUGAGAAUUCGUUAUUUGCCAAAAGGAUUUCUAAACCAGUUUACGGAAGACAAGCCAACUCUGAAUUUCUUCUACCAACAGGUCAAGAGCGACUACAUGUCAGAGGUAGCUGACCGUGUGGACCAGGACAUUGCUCUGAAGCUGGGCUGUCUGGAAAUCCGGCGCUCAUACUGGGAGAUGCGAGGCAACGCGCUCGAGAAGAAGUCCAACUACGAAGUGUUGGAAAAAGAUGUUGGUUUGAAGCGAUUUUUUCCUAGGAGUUUACUGGAUUCUGUCAAGGCCAAAACGCUACGGAAGCUGAUCCAACAGACGUUUAGACAGUUUGCCAACCUUAACAGAGAAGAAAGUAUUCUGAAAUUCUUUGAGAUCCUCUCCCCGGUGUACAGAUUCGAUAAAGAAUGCUUCAAGUGUGCUCUGGGUUCAAGCUGGAUUAUCUCAGUGGAAUUGGCAAUUGGCCCCGAAGAAGGCAUCAGUUACCUCACGGACAAGGGCUGCAACCCCACACAUCUGGCUGACUUCAAUCAAGUGCAGACCAUUCAGUACUCGAACAGCGAAGACAAGGACAGGAAGGGGACACUGCAGCUGAAAAUCGCCGGCGCGCCCGAGCCUCUGACGGUGACGGCGCCGUCCCUAACCAUCGCUGAGAAUAUGGCGGACUUGAUAGACGGGUACUGCCGGCUGGUGAACGGGGCCACACAGUCUUUUAUCAUCAGACCCCAGAAAGAAGGUGAGCGGGCUUUGCCAUCGAUACCAAAGCCGGCCAACAGCGAGAAGCAAGGCGUGCGGACACAUGCGGUCUCCGUGUCAGAGACGGAUGAUUAUGCUGAGAUCAUAGACGAAGAAGACACCUACACCAUACCCUCGACCAGGGAUUAUGAGAUUCAGAGAGAAAGAAUCGAGCUUGGACGGUGCAUCGGGGAAGGCCAGUUUGGAGACGUCCAUCAAGGCGUCUACAUGAGCCCAGAGAACCCAGCGCUGGCGGUUGCAAUUAAAACAUGUAAAAACUGUACUUCGGACAGCGUGAGAGAGAAAUUCCUUCAAGAAGCCUUGACGAUGCGCCAGUUCGACCACCCUCACAUUGUGAAGCUGAUCGGUGUCAUCACGGAGAACCCCGUCUGGAUAAUCAUGGAGCUGUGCACGCUCGGAGAGCUGAGGUCAUUUCUGCAAGUAAGGAAGUACAGUUUGGAUCUGGCGUCUCUGAUCCUUUAUGCCUAUCAGCUUAGUACAGCUCUCGCGUAUCUAGAGAGCAAAAGAUUUGUGCACAGGGACAUUGCUGCUCGGAACGUUCUGGUGUCCUCAAAUGAUUGUGUAAAACUAGGAGACUUUGGAUUAUCCCGAUACAUGGAAGACAGUACUUACUACAAAGCUUCCAAAGGAAAAUUGCCAAUUAAGUGGAUGGCUCCAGAGUCCAUCAAUUUUCGACGUUUUACCUCAGCUAGUGAUGUGUGGAUGUUUGGUGUGUGUAUGUGGGAGAUACUGAUGCACGGUGUGAAGCCCUUUCAAGGAGUGAAGAACAAUGACGUGAUUGGUCGGAUUGAGAACGGGGAGAGGCUGCCGAUGCCUCCGAACUGUCCUCCGACCCUCUACAGCCUUAUGACGAAGUGCUGGGCCUAUGACCCCAGCAGGCGGCCCCGGUUCACUGAGCUCAAAGCUCAGCUCAGCACAAUCCUGGAGGAGGAGAAGGUCCAGCAGGAAGAGCGGAUGAGGAUGGAGUCCAGAAGACAGGUCACGGUGUCCUGGGACUCCGGAGGGUCCGACGAAGCGCCGCCCAAGCCCAGCAGACCCGGUUACCCCAGUCCAAGGUCCAGCGAAGGAUUUUACCCCAGUCCUCAGCACAUGGCACAGACCAAUCAUUACCAGGUCUCUGGCUAUCCUGGUUCCCAUGGGGUCACGGCCUUGGCUGGCAGCAUCUACCCGGGCCAGGCAUCUCUCUUGGACCAGACGGACUCCUGGAAUCACAGAGCGCAGGAGAUACCAAUGUGGCAGCCCAGCAUGGAGGACUCGGCGGUACCGGACCUGCGCGGGAUCGGGCAGGUGUUGCCGGCCCACCUGAUGGAGGAGCGGCUGGUCCGGCAGCAGCAGGAGAUGGAGGAAGACCAGCGCUGGCUGGAAAAAGAGGAGAGGUUUCUGAAACCCGACGUCCGGCUCUCUCGAGGCAGCAUUGACAGGGAAGACGGAAGCCUCCAGGGCCCGACUGGAAACCAACACAUCUAUCAGCCUGUGGGGAAGCCAGAUCCUGCAGCUCCGCCAAAGAAACCGCCACGGCCUGGGGCCCCCGGUCACCUGGGCAGCCUCGCCAGCCUCAGCAGCCCCGGGGACAGUUACAAUGAGGGCGUCAAGCCAUGGAGGCUUCCGCCUCAGGAAAUCAGCCCCCCGCCCACGGCCAACCUGGACCGGUCCAACGACAGGGUGUACGAGAAUGUGACGGGCCUGGUGAAGGCUGUCAUCGAAAUGUCCAGCAAGAUCCAGCCAGCCCCGCCGGAGGAGUACGUUCCCAUGGUGAAGGAAGUCGGCCUGGCCCUGCGGACAUUACUGGCCACCGUGGACGAGACCCUUCCAGUCCUGCCAGCCAGCACUCACCGAGAGAUUGAGAUGGCCCAGAAGCUGUUGAACUCCGACCUGGGCGAGCUCAUCAACAAGAUGAAACUGGCCCAGCAGUACGUCAUGACCAGCCUCCAGCAGGAGUAUAAAAAGCAAAUGCUGACCGCUGCUCACGCCCUGGCCGUGGACGCCAAAAACUUACUCGAUGUCAUUGACCAAGCGAGACUGCGGAUGCUUGGACCCACGAGGCCGCACUGAGGGCGCGCUCCGCGGACGUUCUCCCGCGUUCCACCAGCAUGAGGGGCCCCGGGUCCUCGGCCGCCGGCUCGUGCCGCGCCAACGGUUGUGACUGACAGCUGGUUGAAAGCUCUUUCAUUUAAAUCUAACCACAUUUGAUUUGAGUUCAGUUUUUUUGUCUCUUUCUUUUCUUUCUUCUCCUUUUUUUUUUUUUAAUCAUGGCGUUCAGAAAAGUCCAGGAUCCAAAACGUGGCAUUUUUCUGAGAAUGAAAAUUGUUCGUGAGAAGCUUUUAAGAAUCUUGAAGAACAGACCGUGUUCACGUUAGGGUGUUUCCGUGGAAGUGGCCCCGGUGGUGGUGUGCGGAUCCUGAACCAGCUCGGCUAUGUGUUGGGAGGCGGGAGACGGGGAGACGAGGCGGAGAAUUCCGGGAAACCCGAGGGGCUGAGAAUUCUUCGGCGAGCUGCGGAGCCACGGCCUGGACUCGAGUCUCUGUUGGGAGAACGUUCUUGAGUCGCCGUAUGCUAGCACCGCUUUAAGAGAAGGAAUGUCAGAGCUAUAUUUUGAAGACUUGAGUCGUUUCAGAAAAAACAACCACCCUUUUGUCUUUCCUGCCUUUUACUUUCCUGUCGGAUAUGUGAAGAUUUGGUUGGAAGCUAGCUGUAGAACACACUAAAAACCUUGUCUUUUUUCACCAGAAUAAUGUGCCAGUUUUUUGUAGCAAUGUUACUUCUCUUGGAAGCAGAAAUGCUUUGUACCAGAGCACCUCCGAGCUGCGCUGAGAAGAGGUUCUGGAACCAACCCUGUUUUCCAGUUUUAUAUAAUUUAUAAAGAAAGAUGAAGCCAUGUUGACUCUCUCGCAGCCACUGGAGCUGACUAACCCUUCAUCGUGUCUGUCUUCCCAGCAGAGAAUUAAGCAAAGCAGAGAUUCGGUUUUCUUUUGAUGUCCAGUUACACCAUCCAUUCUGUUAAAUAAUUUUGAAAAAUAUACCCUCCCUUUAGUUUGUCGGGGGAUAUAAAUUAUUCUCAGGAAGAAUAUAAUGAACCGUACAGUUACUUUGACCUAUUAAAAAGGUGUUACCA